AUGGGAGAAUCAAGACAAGAGCUCGUAUCAUGGCUCAACAAUCUUCUCCAACUUAACAUCACCAAAGUUGAGCAAUGUGGAACUGGUGCUGCCCUCUGCCAGGUCUUCGAUAGCAUUUACCUUGAUAUACCAAUGUCGAGAGUCAAGUUCAAUGUCAACACCGAAUAUGCAUACCUUCAAAAUUUCAAGGUUCUGCAAGGUUGCUUCUCUCGACAUGGCAUCGACCGACCAGUCAACGUUGAACAACUCAUCAAAUGCAAGAUGCAAGACAACUUGGAGUUCCUCCAAUGGAGCAAGAGGUAUUGGGAUCAGUACUUUCCUGGCGGCGAUUACGAUGCUCUUGCUCGACGACGCGGUUCCGCUAAGAGAGGUACUACGCCUACUACAGGCCCACGAGUCGCGAAGGGCAUGGGAGCAGGUCCAGGCUCUGCUGCCUUACAACAAGAGAACAACACCCUGAAGGAGACGGUUCAAGGGCUGGAGCGGGAGCGAGACUUCUACUUCAGCAAGCUACGUGAUAUCGAGUUGUUGGUUCAGCAGGCCUGCGAAGAGGACCCCGAGAUCGAGAGACAAGAGGAUGGUUUAAUCAAGCACAUUCAAACAAUUCUGUACUCGACAGAAGAUGGGUUUGAAAUUCCUGCCGAGGCUGAGGGUGUUGAUGACCAGGAGACAUUUUGA